AUGAGCACGAGCGCAACAUCCAUCGCCGAGCCACCAACAUGGUGGUACUUGCGCGGGUGGCUCAUUCUCCAGGCUCUGAAAGGAAUCAAUCCGACCACGCUGACGGAGAAAGAUGUUCCCCGCAAAGACAUGCGCGGCAAAUGGGUGAUCGUAACCGGAGCCAACAACGGCAUUGGCUUCGAGGCCUCGAAAACCUUUGCGAAGUGGGGCGCAAAUAUUAUCAUGGCUUGUCGGGAGCCUCCGAAAUGGGAGACUCAUCCUUCUGCAGCGGUGGAGCAUUGCGUGGACUUGGCUAGAUCCGAGGGCCAUUCGUCCACCAUUGAAUGGUGGGCUAUUGAUAUGACAGACCUGGCUAGCAUAGAUGAUUUUGCGCAGAGAUGGCUUGCCACGGGCCGAGCGCUGGAUAUUUUAUGCAAUAAUGCAGGGAUUGCGCCGCAUUCGACCGAUCAAAAGGAGUUGACCAAAGAUGGGUUUGAGAUUUUGCAUCAGAUCAAUUGCAUAUCGCACACCCUCCUGACAUUUCGGAUCCUCGAAUCCCUAGCCCGAAGUGCCGAGCCACGAAUCGUGUGCACCACUUCUAAUCUCCACUUCUUCGGAAAGCUAGAGCUAGACAAGGAGAAUCUGCCCGUGCGCAAAAUAGGAGGCACAUACGAGAAUAAUAAGCUCUAUCUUCAAACCUGGCUAUCCGAACUGCAACGCCGCCUUAUAUCGAGCGAGAAGUACAGACACAUCACGAUCAACGGCGUGCACCCCGGGUACGUCAACUCGGGGAUCUGGAAUUUCUCGCCAAGUCUUGAAGGCGGGUGGCAAGAGGGUCUGUCAAAGUUCAUCGCUGGGCGGUUCUCGAUCUCUUCGGAACAGGGUAGCUUUGCCAUUGUGAAUGCGGCUACGAGCGAUGAAUUUGGACCGAACCCGGAGACUCAGGGUCGUGGGGAGCCCGGGGCUAAGGGCGGGGGUAAUUUUAUAAAUCGUAUUUGGAAGACAGCUUGCAAUCCUUGGUGUGAUGAUGAAGGGGUUAGACUUUGGAUUUGGAAUGGGAUUGGGGCGGAGCUGAGAUCGGCUAGAGAGGGUUUGCAUGUUCUGGAGGAGCUUGAUGCGAUAGAUGUAUAG